AUGGCAAGAACAGACAAAUUGAAAACCGAAGCGAUGAAGCAAAGCGAUGACAUCAAUUUUCGAAAGGAAGACAAUCGAAUCGAAAGAUUGAAGCAAUUGGCUGAAAACGAAGAUCAAACAUCGGCAGAAGAGUCAAAUCGAUGUGACGCUUCGAGUCAAUGGGCCCGAAUUGGAAAAGCAAAAGGAGCUGCAAAAGAUUCCGAAACGGCAUGA